CGUGAUGUUCGUAAACAUCGCACGAGGCCUAAAGCCUGAUUUAGUCAGUUGUGUGUUAGUUCCUGUUAGCGCUGCUCAGUCAGCUGUCACACAGCCUGAAAGGAGAAGAACCCCGCAAAAAACCGCAGGACAGAGUAGAGACAGCACACAGACAACAUGUCCAGUUUUUCCAACAAGUUUGACGGCUACACGAUGACGCAGCUCAACGAAAUCCUGGAAGACGACAGUAAACUGACAAAAAUGGUAAACGAAAUGGACGAGAUGCAGGAUGUCCAGCAGAGCAAAGAGAAAACUCUGGCCAACAACCGAACCCUGGCUGAGCAGAACCUGGACCUGCAACCUGAACUGGAGCACAAGAAGGAGCAGCUCACAAAGCGCUACACUUGUCUUCAGGAGAGCUUUGAGUCCUAUCAGCUACGUAAAUCCUCCUUCGAUCACACGUCAGGAAACACCUCUCUGGACACACUACUGGCCCUGCUGCAGACUGAAGGAGCUAAGAUAGAGGAGGAGACAGAGAAUAUGGCUGAUUCAUUCCUGGAUGGGGACAUGACACUGGAGGCCUUCAUCGACGCCUAUCAGAGUCAAAGAAAACUGGCUCACUUGAGAAGAGUGAAAAUUGAAAAACUUCAGGAGGUGGUGCUGAAGGGCCAGACAAUGCCCCAGGUGUCUGCCCCCACUUCCCGAUCGCAGGACGUGUCCGCAUCAGCCUCCCUCCUGAACAACUCUAUCAACGGUUCCUCUCCUGUUCCCCAGCCCAGAAGAAAACCACCACCUCCUCCAUCCCAGCCAGCCCCGAUUCUAAAUUCAAACCCAUCCUCCACCACUGCCUCUCAGUCAUCUGUCUUCUAUACAGUAUCACCUUAUCCACCCAUUCCACCCAGAACAGGCCAGCCCUUCCCUGGUGUCUCCUCUGGUUAUCCCAGCCAUUUCCUGCCCCAGUAUCCCCCUUCUGUUCCACAGAGGCCCCCAGCACGCAUUGCCCCACAGCCUGGCUUCAUACUGCAAUAAAACAAAGCAGUUUUCACUCACAGGACGCACUGCAUGUGGUAGACUUUUUACCACUUGGACUCUUUUGACAACAACUGAGUUUCCGUCAGGCCUUUGCCUUCUUAGGAUUAUGACUAAUCACAACAGAAGAGGGAAGACCUGGGACUGGCUGGUCGAGUCAAGAUCAGCUGAAGCGGAUCUCCAAUAAUCGCUGCAGAUUUGUGCUCACUCCCUUCAACACUCCCAUCUAACAAAAAAAGGAAGAAAAAAAAAAAAAGAUUUGAAGAGAUCAGAUUUGACUGUCCCUUUCAGGGAAGGGCCCCCACCACAGGCUACAGUAAAACAAGUGUCUCUUUAUGGGUCACUGAACUGGGACUUGUCAUUUAUCAGCACCUUGUGCCUCCAGGCUGUUGCCCUCAGCUCUGCAGACCAAUUACAUCUCAGUCUCUUCGCUUUCUUCAAACAUGCUCCUCAGGCUUUCUGGGUAUCACUAAAGUCACUCCAAAAAAAGAGGGUGUAAAUGUCCGCUCUAUCUGCAGCAUAAUAAUUUAACUGAUAAUGUAUAUGCAAGCAAAGAGAGACCCUAAUUACUGUGCAGUUCUAAUGAAAAUAUCCUCAGGAGUAUAUUCAGGCAGACUGCAUCCAUGCUGUGAUUUUAUUUUACUUUCUUUUAUUCUAAUAUAUAAAUAUUCACAAGGUACAUAGAGAUAUUUGAAGUACAGAAUCUUUUAGAUUUAAGUACUAAUGGAGUCGUGUUAAUAAUAGCAGCAUAGACUGUGUAAUGAAGGGCUUUGAAUGCUUGAUGCAUCUAUAUUCAUUAAAUCUAAGGAUCUUAAGAUCCGCCUGGUGUGAAUACAGUUGGUCCAUCUCAGGGGCAGUGGUCAAACAGAGUCAGAGGCAAGAGUAAGAGGCUGAAACACACAAAUCACAAAGACUUGGGAGUGUGAAAUGAAGGUUCUGUGUAUAGCCAUACUUCACAUGAUAGGUGUGUAUUGUUUGUUCUGUUCUGAAACACUCCUUUGUUUAAAACUAUGUCUAUUGUUCAUGUUCGUAUUCUGAUGCAAUUGGAAAUAAUGCCGAACAGGACUGUCACUUUUUGUCAUUUGAGAAGAAUUAGGGGUUAAAGUUAAAGUUUGAGUUUAAAAAGUUUUUAAGAAGCAUCAGGAGGUCUAAAGUUGUUGAGUCUGGGUUUAUUCUGCAGAGGGUGCUGUUAGUGCAGCUUAGCAACAGUAUCCCUCCAUUACAAUCAAUAAAGGCACUGAUUUUUGUUGUCCUUUUGCAGUUAGCAAGAAAACUAACUAAUAAGUGCUAUUGGUCAGACAAAAUAUGUCAGUUUUUUUCAUUCUUGCAUAAUGGUUUACUUACUUUAAUAUUUUGAACAGUAGUAAACUGCAGCCCUCUACAUUACUUAAAACAUGUUUUUCAAAAAAGAGUUUUUGCUACCACCACGGGUGCAGUGCAUUCAGCAAAGCACACUGCUUAACCAGACAGUUGCUCCUGUGCUGAAAGUAGGAACGCCUGAAACACAACCUAGAAUUUACAGCGUCUAAGUGUUGCCUGUGUAAUGGGGUACACAAUGUUGUUCACUCUUUUUUUAUUAUUAUUAUUUCAUACACAUAUACCAGAAAUGCUAAAAGACACUAAUAGGACAAAAUAUUUCUCCUUAUGGUCAGCAGCUGCAUCUAGUUAAUUAGACCUUUUGUUUUUUGUCAGCCAAACAAGUAUGUGGUUUUUACUUUUGUGAUUCUUUUCGUUUUCUACAACAUCAGGCACCAAAGACUGGACUUUUCAAAACUAUGUUGUUGAUGCUUCAUUAAUAGAAAAAUCUCUGCCAUUGUUCCCAAUUGUGAUCUUGUAUUAGAAACUGAAGUUGCCAAUUGGACACAAAAGACUAAUCUACGGGCCUUGAGAUUGGUAAAUCAUAAUAACCAAACAUGGUUAUCAGAUGCUGUAGAUAGAGUUCUGAAGGUUUUGAGACCAUGAGUUGCUCAUUUGUGUUUCAUAUCCGUAUAAAGCUUUGGAAACACUAUUAAGUGUCAACUUCCUUAGUCUAAUUUUUGCAUCCAUAUGGCUUCUUUCAAUUUCUUUUUAACAUGUCUUUUUGUGAUAUUGAGCUAACCACUUUAUAACCAUGCAAGUCAUUUUUUAAGGGAACAGGUAAAAUUUCUGUGGAUGUCUGUCAAAUCUGUUUGUUUAAACUAAGAAAAAAAAACCACUCAUUUUUUCUCUGUCAACUUCAAUCACUCUGCACUGUUCAAAAGCCACGAGUGCCUACAUUUGAAAUAACGUUAGUGGAGUCCUGCUGUUUAGUUCCCAACUAUCCCUCCUUCAAUUGAAAAGAAAGGCCAGACAUUUUUUGUUGUUCUGCUGCCAUUUAAUGUUCAUGUUAAACAGACAGUAGAAAUAAAAAAGGCAGUGUCUGA